CCCUGCUCAGUUCUCCCUCCUUUCAGACGAAUAUUUGCCUUUUGCGUUUAUUAUUUAACGAACAAAUACGGCUUAGUCCGUUGUUAUUUUUGUUUAAAAGUAAAAUUGAGUUACUUUCCCCCCACUUGUUGACCCGUUUUACGCCGCUGCAGAGGUGUCACUUUAAACCCCAAUCCCAGCCUGUCUGGUGCGCAUCUGCCGUUUAAACCGGCGUGGGCUAUGCUUUCCGUCUGGAUUAUCCAUAGCCGCUCCAUCUGACAGCCUCACGCUCUAUUGCAGAGCGCCCAGCGGGAGUUUGUGAUCCACCGGCUGAUCGCUAAUCCUCUGUGCCUGAUAACCCAUGACCUGGCAUCCUUGUGUCCUCAUGCGUCGGUGAUAUGGGAGAGUGGUGGCCAACCAUGCCAGGAGACGCGUCUAUGGCAGCCUACUUCAGUUCAGAGAGCGCUCCAGAUUUAAUGCCAUAUUGGGAUUUCUUCCAUCAGGAAACUAUGAGAUCUCCAGUAUAUCGCAUGUAACAAUGUCCCCGUCGAGGCCCAACAAUCUUGUGUCACUGCCGCCUUCAUCCAGAAACUCAUUCAAUCUGGCCACGGUAUUUUGCGCAGAUGACAACGUCCCGCAGUGCGUCUCUUACAUCAAUCAGGAGCUCUCCUCCCUGGGUCUCUCCUCAUGGAUGGAGGCGAGCUCAGCAGGGGGCGCCGACCUGCGGGCGGUGCCCGCUCUGAACGCCUUCUUCGAGCUGCUGCAGAUCCGCAGGCGCACCGUGGCCACUUUGGAGGAGCUUGAAAGAGAGCAGCUCAAGAAGUCCAGCACCUUGGACCACAUGCAGAUGAGCAAUUCAAGACUUAGGGAUCAGCUUGAACUAUCCAUCCGGGAGAAAUCGGGUCUCCAUGAGACCGAGAGGCAGCUCCAACUCAAAAUCAAGACUCUGCAAAGCUGCCUGAAGACUGAGAAAGAAGAGGUUCAGAAGCUCCAGAGUAUAGUGGCCAGCCGCGCGUCGCAGUACAGCCAUGAUGCCAAGAGGAAAGAGAGAGAGUCGGCGAAGCUCAAGGAACGCCUCAGUCAGCUACUUGUGGACAGAAGAGAUAAAAAACUGGCCAUUGACAUGCUAAAUUGCCUUGGACGAGCAGACGGUAAAAGGAGCCACUGGAAGACAACCAAAGUCACAGCCAGCCACGAAGCGCAGAUGUACAAGUCCAUGUUGCGUGAUUACGAAGCCAGCCAGCGGUCGCUGAUGCUGGAGAACGCAGAGCUGAAGAAGAUCCUGCAGCAGAUGAAAAAGGAGAUGAUUCACAUGCUAAGUCCGCGCCAGCCGGCGUGCAGAGGGGCCGGCGCUGACGACAGCCAGGAGAUGUUGGAUUCUGACGGGGAGGAGAAGACUGGCGACUCCAGCAGGGAAAUACUGGACCGGUCAUGUGACCAAGCGAGGGAGCAGCUGACCAACAGCAUUCGGCAACAGUGGAGGAAACUGAGGAGCCAUAUGGAGAAGUUGGACCACCAAGUUCAAAAUCAAGAGUCCAACAAGGAGGUGAUCCCGAGGGAAACCCACGAGAAUGAGAUGGAGAGCAUGAGGCGCGAAGUGCAGCAGUGCAAAGAGUUCAUUCACACGCAGCAGCAACUUCUCCAGCAACGACUGAACGCGUCGUUCGACGACGAGACGGCCGAGCUGCUCAACGGCUGCUACACCCUGGAGGAGAAGGAGCGGCUCAAGGAGGAGUGGAGGCUCUUUGAGGAGCAGAAGAGGAACUUUGAGAGGGAGAGAAAGUAUUUCACCGAAGCCGCCAUCCGCCUCGGCCGAGAGAAAAAGGCCUUCGAGGAGGACCGUGCCUCUUGGCUGAAAAGUCAGUUUUUAAACAUGACGCCCUUCGCCAACCGUAGUAGAUGCUCCUCGACCGAUGGUUACAGUACCUUGUCGAUCAGAAGUGAGCCAGAGACGAGGACAUCGUCUGCAAAAAGCCAGCUGUCCAAAUCCUCAAACUACACGUCGUUCUCCACUCCUGAGACCGCGCCUGCACAACGUGCCACAGUGCCAUCCACUUCUGAACUUUACCGGACACUCCGCCUCAUUCCAGACUCGGGUUCCUCCGGGUGUUCAAAUCGAGGGCGCCGGCGAGAGCUCAGCAGCACCACUGACGACGAAAGAGACUCUCGAGUCAAGGCUAAAAAUCGAGUCUACAGCGGAGACUUGAGUAUCUUCUCUCUCGGGGAGGAUGAGAACAGCCGCACUUAAAAUACACACUCCAUCCACAUGCUUCCUUCCUUUCAACGUGACUGAAUUAUUAUUAUUAUUAUUUUUUUUUUUACAUGCAUACCGAUCAGCCUCCAAAUGAACAAGAAAGCACUUUAAAAUCAAGUCAGAGAAUUUUACCAAGUACUGAUUUGAAAAUAGCUUUUUUUUUUUUUUUUUUUUUUUAUUAAAUUGAAAGCCUGUUUUGCUUAAAUGUUUACAAAGUUAAUGUACAAUCAGAGUUAAUUUAAUUAUGAAUACACUUAUUGUAUAAUAUCUGCUGGUUUGUGUAAAUAAACUAAUAGACAUUUUAAAGGA